GAAAGUAGUGCGACGGAAAGAUCGAAUGCUGAGUUUACGUUAGGAACUUUGGCUGAGAAAACGUCACAUGUAAAACAGUAUGAGUGUAAAGGAGGGAGGGACAUCGUCAGGGAGUACGUCUCGUACUGGAUCAUCAUCUGGGAGUGUGUCCCGAGCUGGGAUAACCCACUGGUUUACCUCGGAGAUUCAGCAGAUGAUGCAUGGGUUCGGUGACUGUAGAAAACCUCUCAAUGACACAGCCCUACUUGUGGAGGAAAUUGUACACCAACAGGUGUCAGCACUGCUGUACCAGGCCUGUGAUGUGGCAACCUUGAGGAGUGCCAGGUUUAUUGGUAUGGAGGAUCUGUUAUUCCUACUGAGGAAAGACAAGGUGAAGCUUGCUCGUUUGCUGCGAUAUCUGGACCUGAAAGACAUGAAGGCAACAGUAUUAAAGGGAGGUAAUUUGGAGGAUGAGGACAGCACAGAAUCAGGUGACAAGGUGAUUCAGCCAAUGAAAAAACGGCGAAAAAUUUGUCAUGAUUUCCUGUCGUCGAUAGACCAAUCAGGAGAGUUGGUAGCAUUGUUUGAUGAUGACAAGGUGGAUGACAUCAAACAUGAUCGCCUGGUGAGAGCAGAGUUACAAUCAAGAGGAAUGGACCAGAAACAUUACAUGGAGUUUUGUGAGGCGCGACAAAUCAACUUCAGUAGAAAGUACAAAUCCCAGAGAUUUAAGGACUGGCUGAUGGCAGGGGUGAACAUCGACAUUAAGCCCAACCUGCCUGCCCUAGAAAUACUCUCUUACUUUUCCUAUGAAACAGUAGCACAGGUGGUUGACCUAGCUUUGCUGGUGAAGCAGGACAUACGAUCAGCUACAAGUGACCCUCUGGCUAAGAAUACUCCCAGUGUGUGUAUCAACUACCACGACCACUCUCCUUCCAGUACUGGCAGUGUUCUAGGACGCACUGGGCACCAUCCAGGGCUCACUUCUCCCACAGGGAGUCCUCCCACGACUCCAUCCACUCCAGGUUCUACUUCAGGUGUACUGGGUUCGUCAACCUCAUCAGGACUAGGAUCCUCAGGGAGUGGACUUACUCACAAGUCUAAGUCAAAGAAGCGCCGAAAGAGUGGACAUGGUCAGAAUUUGGAGGUGUGUACAUCUCAGGCCAUCCUCCCGAGUGAUGUACAGGAGGCUAUGAGGAGGUUUGGACAUUGUAUAGGACCUUUUGCUUCAUCUACAAAAGUCAACAAUUUGGUGUCACCAAAGAUGAGGCUACUGUGUUGCUGACCAAAGACCUCCAAGACCAACAGUACUAGUGUGUUAUACUGGUCCAUAGACUGACAGUACCAGUGUGUUAUACUGGUCCAUAGACCAACAAUACCAGUGUGUUAUACUGGUCCAUAGACCGACAGUACCAGUGUGUUAUACUGGUCCAUAGACCGACAAUACCAGUGUGUUAUACUGGUCCAUAGACCAACAAUACCAGUGUGUUAUAAUGGUCCAUAGACCAACAGUACCAGUGUGUUAUACUGGUCCAUAGACCGACAGUACCAGUGUGUUAUACUGGUCCAUAGACCAACAAUACCAGUGUGUUAUAAUGGUCCAUAGACCAACAAUACCAGUGUGUUAUACUGGUCCAUAGACCAACAGUACCAGUGUGUUAUACUGGUCCAUAGACCAACAGUACCAGUGUGUUGUACUGGUCCAUAGACCAACAAUACCAGUGUUAUACUGGUCCAUAGACCAACAGUACCAGUGUGUUAUACUGGUCUACAGACCAACAAUACCAGUGUUAUACUGGUCCAUAGACCAACAGUACCAGUGUUAUACUGGUCCAUAGACCAACAGUACCAGUGUGUUAUACUGGUCCAUAGACCAACAAUACCAGUGUGUUAUACUGGUCUACAGACCAACAAUACCAGUGUGUUAUACUGGUCUACAGACCAACAGUACCAGUGUGUUAUACUGGUCCAUAGACCAACAAUACCAGUGUUAUACUGGUCCAUAGACCGACAGUACCAGUGUUAUACUGGUCUACAGACCAACAGUACCAGUGUGUUAUACUGGUCCAUAGACCAACAGUACCAGUGUGUUAUACUGGUCCAUAGACCAACAAUACCAGUGUGUUAUACUGGUCUACAGACCAACAGUACCAGUGUGUUAUACUGGUCCAUAGACCAACAGUACCAGUGUGUUAUACUGGUCCAUAGACAAACAGUACCAGUGUGUUAUACUGGUCCAUAGACCAACAGUACCAGUGUGUUAUACUGGUCCAUAGACCAACAGUACCAGUGUGUUAUACUGGUCCAUAGACCGACAGUACCAGUGUGUUAUACUGGUCUACAGACCAACAGUACCAGUGUGUUAUACUGGUCCAUAGACCAACAGUACCAGUGUGUUGUACUGGUCCAUAGACCAACAGUACUAGUGUGUUAUACUGGUCCAUAGACCAACAGUACCAGUGUGUUAUACUGGUCCAUAGAACAACAAUACCAGUGUUAUACUGGUCCAUAGACCAACAGUACCAGUGUGAUAUACUGGUCCAUAGACCAGCAGUACCAGUGUGUUAUACUGGUCCAUAGACCAACAAUACCAGUGUUAUACUGGUCCAUAGACCAACAGUACCAGUGUGUUAUACUGGUCUACAGACCAACAGUACCAGUGUGUUAUACUGGUCCAUAGACCAACAGUACCAGUGUGUUAUACUGGUCCAUAGACCAACAGUACUAGUGUGUUAUACUGGUCCAUAGACCAACAGUACCAGUGUGUUAUACUGGUCCAUAGACCAACAGUACCAGUGUUAUACUGGUCCAUAGACCAACAGUACCAGUGUUAUACUGGUCCAUAGACCAACAGUACCAGUGUGUUAUACUGGUCCAUAGACCAACAAUACCAGUGUGUUAUACUGGUCCAUAGACCAACAGUACCAGUGUGUUAUACUGGUCCAUAGACCGACAGUACCAGUGUGUUAUACUGGUCUACAGACCAACAGUACCAGUGUGUUAUACUGGUCCAUAGACCAACAGUACCAGUGUGUUAUACUGGUCCACAGACCAACAGUACCAGUGUGUUAUACUGGUCCAUAGACCAACAGUACCAGUGUGUUAUACUGGUCCAUAGACCAACAGUACCAGUGUGUUAUACUGGUCCAUAGACCAACAGUACCAGUGUGUUAUACUGGUCCAUAGACCAACAGUACCAGUGUGUUAUACUGGUCCAUAGACCAACAAUACCAGUGUUAUACUGGUCCAUAGAACAACAGUACCAGUGUGUUAUACUGGUCCAUAGACCGACAGUACCAGUGUUAUACUGGUCCAUAGACCAACAGUACCAGUGUGUUAUACUGGUCCAUAGACCAACAGUACCAGUGUGUUAUACUGGUCCAUAGACCAACAGUACCAGUGUGUUAUACUGGUCCAUAGACCAACAAUACCAGUAUUAUACUGGUCCAUAGAACAACAGUAGUGAUGUGUUUUUUCUUCGCCAAUAAAUAUUGCUAAUGUACGUAUAAUGUAUGCCCUACAUCAACCAAUAGCCUGGCAGAAGGCUGUUGGACCAAUAGAUUAGCAACUUUGGACAAUGUCAGUGAGGGGCAGUGUCAUUGUCAGUGAGCGGUAGUGUCAGUGAGGGGCAGUGUUAGUGAGGGGUAUUAUCAGGAAGUGCCAUUGUCAGUGAGGGACAGUGUCAGUGAGGGGUAUUGUCAGGGAGUGUCAAUGUCAGAGAGAGACAGUAUCAGAGAGGGACAGUGUCAGUGAGGGGCAGUGUCAGUGAAGGGCAGUGUCAGUGAGGGGCAGUGUCGGUGAAGGGCAGUGUCAGUGAGGGGCAGUGUCAGUGAGGGGCAGUGUCAGUGAGGGACAGUGUCAGUGAGGGACAGUGUCAGUGAGGGGCAAUGUCAGUGAGGGACAGUGUCAAUGUCAGCGAGUGGUAAUGUGAGGGAUAAUGUCACAGUAUGGGACCAAUAACAAUAUGGGACAAAGUCCAUGUGGGAUCAUUAUCAAUAUUUGUGGGACAACAAUAGUCCUGGUAUGGGACAGUAUCGACAUUCGUCAGUUUGGGACCAUUGUCAAUAACUUUUUGAGACAAUGGCAGUGUCUGAGAGGGAUGUCAUUAUGGGACAGUUUCAGUGUGUGAUGGUGUUAUUAGGGACCAACUUUGGACAGUAUCAUUGUUGAAUGAAUUUCUUUGGGAAAAGAGCAAGUGUCAGUACAUUAUUUUAUACAUUUAUAUCAUUUUCCUGCAAUUAAAAUCUAAAAACGAUAAA